UUCUUUGAAUUAAACUUCCUUGGAAGUUAAUUUGUUUAAACAGCUAUUGGGACAUAAACCGAUCUGUCUGAUCUUGGCUAGGUGAACACCACAGAGGUAACAAUGACUGAAGUGGGCAUUUCGGGAGCAUGAUCCUAUCACAUCUCAGCGUAAACAAUUGGGACGUGUUGUAGAUUGUGGGCCGGUUGCCAGAAAGGCAACUCAGAGCGUCAUUACAUGGAGCUGUAUGUUGUGGAAGGUGUGGUAACAGAUGGUAACCGGUGUUGUAACUAGGGAGGCCUGUUACAGAUGGCAGAGUGAAAACAACUGAAGGUGCACAACAGUUUUAUGGCUACUUCCUGCAUUAGAAUUGUGGAUGGAUCAAUAUCACAGAAGUUCUGAUUUUCAUCGUUCAUGGGAUAUGGACAUCGCUGGCGUUUAUUAUCCAUGAGGAGACAGUCCCUAAACACAACCGAGUAGUUUGCUGAGCUAUUGGAGAGGACUGUUAAGGCACAACCACGUUGCUGCGGGUCUGGAGUCACGUGUGGUACAGACAGGGAGCUAGAAUUAUUUCACCUGAGCAACAAGUGGAUCUUUGUCAAUUGAUGGUGCAUGUUCCUGAGUCAAAUCACAGAAUUAACCCAACACAUACAAUACACCGCCAGUGAAAACGGGGGCAAUCGCAGCCAAUAAUUGACCAUAAUGCCUCCGGGGAUACAUUACAAUCAGGAUUUCUGGACUGAAGAUGAGAGUCCAGAUGUGGAGGUUGAAUUCCUGUUGCCGACAGGGAUUUACUUGAACUUCUUUGUGCCUCGUAGUUCCACAAUCAAAUACAUCAAAAAGUUACUCUGGCAGCAGGCGCAGCACCAACCCCUCUUCCAUACUUUAAACAAGCCAGAUGCCUACGUCUUCACCUGCAUCAACCACACAGCGGAACAGGAAGAGCUCGAAGAUGAACACCGGCGCCUCUGUGAUGUACGACCGUUCCUCCCGAUCCUGAAACUUGUAGCGAGAGAAGGAGACCGAGAAGAAAAGCUCAUUAAUUCCCAGAUCAGCCUUCUCAUUGGAAAGGGUCUCCAUGAGUUUGAUAGUCUGCAUGAUUCUGAGGUGAAUGAGUUUCGUGGGAGUAUGCGGCAGUUCUGUGAGGAGAGAGCAGAAGAGAGACAACGGUUGUCAUGGCAGCAUUGGAUGGAAUACAGUUUUCCCAGAGACCUGGAGCCUAUCCCGGAGGUAGCGGAUAACAGCAUUACCAGGAAGCACAGCAACCGAAACAUUGUCAUAAAUGUGAAGUUUCAAUACACUGAAGAAAGUUUCAGCUUCCAAAUUUCCUCCCAGGCUCCUCCUGCAUUGCUGAUGAAAUUAGCUGUGAAGAAGAAAGCAACGGUUUUCCGACAUAAAGUAGUUGACGAUGCAGAGGAUUACACACUGCAGGUGAACGGGACGGAAGAUUAUAUCUACGGAAACUAUCCCCUCAGCCGAUUCAAGUAUAUCUGUAAUUGUAUGUCCAGCAACCUAACUCCACAUUUGACGAUGGUCCAUUAUUCCACAAUCAAGUCCUACCAGGAUGAGCAGUUCAGCAGCCUGGGUCAAAUCACAAAGGCGCGGCCCCAUUCCAAACCACCGCCUCUUCCAGUUAAAAAGCAAUUUGGAACCAGUCUGUGGAACCUGGAGAAGCCAUUUACGAUCAGUUUAAUUUCGGGGAGCAAAGUAAACGCAGAUGAAGGAAUGAAGCUGGUUGUUCAAGCCGGGUUAUUUCAUGGCAGUGAGAUGCUCUGUAAGACGGUAUACAGCCAUGAGGUUAACAUGUGCUCCGAGCCGCUGUGGAACCAGAGUCUGGAGUUUGACAUCAACAUCUGUGACCUCCCACGGAUGACGCGCCUGUGCUUUGCUCUCUACGCUGUCAUUGAAAAGGCCAAGAAAGCUCGCUCCACCAAGAAGAAAUCAAAAAAGGCGGACUGCCCAAUCGCGUGGGUGAACACCAUGGUGUUUGACUACAAGGAUCAGCUGAAGACGGGGGAGACGUGGCUGUUUACCUGGCCAUCAGUACCCGAUGACAAGGGAGAGCUGUUGAACCCGAUGGGCACUGUACAGAGUAAUCCCAACACUGACAGCUCUGCAGCCUUACAUAUCAAUUUCCACAGUGCCGUGUCCCACCCUAUCUACUACCCAUCCUUGGAAAAGAUUCUCGAAUUGGGUAAGAAUGGAGAUCGUGUAAAAGCAUCACUGGCUGAGCAACAGCAGUUGAAGGAGAUUAUGGAACGUAAAGCAUGCACCGAAUUCUUUGAGGAUGAGAAGGAUCUCGUUUGGAAGCUAAGAUAUGAAGUGCGUGAGCAUUUCCCCGAAGCCCUCGCUAAGCUGCUGUCCAUAACCAAGUGGAAUAAACACGAAGAUGUUGCUCAGAUGAUCUAUCUCCUGCAGUCAUGGAAAGAACUGCCUGCACUGAAUGCCCUGGAACUUCUGGACUACAGCUUCCCCAGUCGCUAUGUCCACUUACUGGCAAUAAACUGCUUAAAAAAGUUGAGCGAGGAAGAGCUGUUGCAGUAUCUACUGCAGUUGGUGCAAGUGCUGAAAUAUGAGCCCUACUUGGAUUCUGAACUAACCAAGUUCCUGCUGGACAGAGCUUUGAGCAACAAAAAGAUAGGACACUUCCUAUUCUGGCAUCUCAGGUCAGAAAUGCAUUUCCCAGCAGUCUCACUGCGGUUUGGAUUAAUUCUGGAGGCGUAUUGUCGAGGGACAAACUAUCACAUGAAGUCUUUGCUGAAGCAGUGUGAAGCACUGAAGAAAUUGAAGGCCCUCAAUGAUUUUGUCAAGUCCAGUUCCCAGAAGACAACUAAACCCAAAACUAAAGAAGCCAUGCAUCUGUUUAUGAGACAGGACACUUACAAGGAAGCUCUUUCCAACCUCUACUCCCCCCUUAACCCCAGUAUCCUCCUCACAGAGCUCUGGGUGGAGAAGUGCAAAUUCAUGGAUUCCAAAAUGAAACCCCUGUGGAUUGUUCACAAAAAUCAGAGAUACGAUGGGAAUCCCAUGGGUAUCUUAUUCAAGAACGGAGAUGAUCUACGGCAGGACAUGCUGACGAUUCAGAUGAUUCAGCUAAUGGAUGUUUUGUGGAAAAAGCAGGGCCUGGAUUAUAGGAUGAUUCCUUAUGCCUGUCUUUCCACUGGAGACAAGACUGGAGUGAUCGAGGUAGUUUCACACGCAGAAACAAUCGCAAAUAUCCAGCUCACCAAAAGCAACAUGGCAGCGACUGCAGCUUUUAACAAGGAUGCUCUGCUCAACUGGUUAAAGUCCAAGAACCCUGGGGAAGCAUUAGAUCGAGCCAUUGAGGAGUUCACUCUCUCGUGUGCUGGCUACUGUGUAGCUACCUAUGUGCUUGGAAUUGGAGACCGACACAGUGACAACAUUAUGAUCAAGGAAAAUGGACAGCUCUUUCACAUCGAUUUCGGACACUUCCUUGGAAACUUCAAGAGCAAGUUUGGAAUCAACAGAGAGCGCGUGCCGUUCAUUUUAACGCACGACUUUGUUCACGUGAUACAGCAAGGAAAGACCAGCAACAGUGAGAAGUUUGAAAGGUUCCGGAAAUGUUGUGAACAAGCCUACAUGAUUCUGAGGAAGCACUGCCCUCUCUUCAUUAACCUCUUUGCACUGAUGCAGGCAGCUGGAUUACCAGAGCUCAGCUGUUCCAAAGAUAUCCAGUAUCUCAAGGAUUCAUUAGCGUUAGGAAAAACGGAAGAUGAGGCGCUUAAACACUUCAAAAUGAAAUUUGACGAGGCACUGCGAGAAAGCUGGAAAACCAAAGUGAACUGGAUGGCUCACAACGUAGCCAAAGAUAAUCGAUCGUAACUGAACUCUCCCUGCCCAGCCUUUAGCCGAAUGAACCAAAGUAAGCGGCGGCUAAAGUAACUGAUGACAACCUGUCAGUGUGCUGUAGCUACAAAGAUGCCCCUAAGUGAUUGCCAAGCCAAUGUGUUUAUGAAGAUUGCCCAGCUUUCUCGAUAUUACAUGACUUUUAAACGAUGUUUACAUGUGCAAUGUAGUUACUUGCACUGUCUGCAACCACUUCCCUUCGAUUCCAGGGUCCUGGCUACAGAACUGGCACUGAAUAUGCAUUUUACUUACCCAGGUUUAAGGGCCUCCAGCCCCCUCUCUAUUGGCCUGUUGCACUCUCAACACAGCCUGUAAUCGUCUCAGAUUUUGUUUAGUUGUUCAGUAAACUCGGCGAGACCGUGGUGUGGCAGUAAGCAGGGGAAGGUGCAAGUAAAACUCAAGUCGAUGGUUGUUCGGUGCUGAUGCUACCUUUCCCUGUGACAGCAACAAGUCUGCUCUCGACCAAGCUUCUCCUAGGUGGCAAAGGGCCAGUUGUGAACUUCAAACACCAACGUCUUCCUGAGCCCGGUCCUGACUCACUUCGGACUGAAGCCACGUCGGUGCCCUCGUUUCCCCCCCACCCCCCUCCCGCCACUGAUACAAGGCCCACUGCUUCUGUGAAGCAGCAGAAAGCCCACGUCAUUUUGCACGUUCAAAUGUCAAUCAGAGAAGCAUCCGAAUACUUCAGGACUGUUUGUCGGCCCAUCCUUGGCCCCGAUGGGUCAUUGAGUUGCCGUGUGAUGGCAGGAACAAAGUAUCUUGUACAUUAUUCCAGUGUCCCAAUCUUCGAUGAAGAGUUGACUGUUGUCAAGCCCAAUGUGAACCUUGAAUCCAGAAUGAUGUGAACAGAGGGGAGCUGACCAAGAGGGACUGUUUAUACAAAAUAGGCCGCACCUGCUUCCUGAAUCAUUUUUAUCACAAGAAAGGAAAAUACAGCUAUAUUUAUAAGUGGUUGAAAAUGACCGAAAGGUACUAAUUUAAUGAGCUGUACUGUUGGUGGGUACUUAAUCAUUUGUACUGUAGAUAAAUGGCUGACAGUUUCUGGCCAUCAACAACAGUACUGCAACGCACAAAGAGAGGGAGGGAGGGACAACGUCUGUUCCACUUCUGCGAAGCCACAUUUAACAGCAGCAUCCCCACCCCACCCUGCAGCCAACCAUUAAUAACAUCUCUUUCAGGGGAAGCUGCUGAUGCAGUCCUGCCAGGACAAAAUCUUCCCGAAGUUUGAAAGCUGUAAUGGUUUCAGAGGGGGAAGUGUGGGGAGGGAAUGGGAAGGGA